AUGGAGACACAGUGCCAAACAGCUUCGAAAGAUAAGUCGGUUCAUAUCUAUCUAUCUAUCUAUCUAUCUAUCUAUCUAUCUAUCCCAGUCUGUUCAUAUCUAUCUAUCUAUCUAUCUAUCUAUCUAUCUAUCUAUCUAUCUAUCUAUCCCAGUGUGUUCAUAUCUCUCUAUUCUAGCCUGUUCAUAUCUAUCUAUCUAUCUAUCUAUCUAUCUAUCUAUCUAUCUAUCUAUCUAUCUAUUCUAGCCUGUUCAUAUCUAUCUAUCUAUCUAUCUAUCUAUCUAUCUAUCUAUCUAUCUAUCCCAGUCUGUUCAUAUCUAUCUAUGCUAGCCUGUUCAUAUCUAUCUAUCUAUCUAUCUAUCUAUCUAUCUAUUCAUCUAUCUAUCUGUUUCAGUGUCUCUCUCUCUCUCUCUCUCUCUCUCUCUCUCUCUCUCUCUUUUCUCUCCUCUCUCUUCUCUCUCUCUCUCUCUUUAUAUCUUUGGUUUUCUCAUUAUUUUUCUGUCUUUCUCUCUUCUCUCUUUCUCUCAGUCAGUGUCUGUCUGUCUGGAUGUCUCUCUCUUUCACUCUCUCUUUCCAUAUUUUUUUUAUUCUGUUUCAUUUUCUUCUUCUCCCCCUCCUCAUUCUUUUUCUGCUCCUCCGCUCUCUUCUCUCACAUUAUUGUUCUUUUCCUCCUCCUCCCCUUCCUUUUUCGUCUUCUUCUUCUUUUACUUCUUCUAUUAUUAUUAUUAUUAUUAUUAUUAAAUAAUCUACUUCACAUACUUGCACUCUUCUUCCAUCUUCUCCACAUUAUUUUUUCCCUUUCCCAUCUCUUCUUCUUUUUCUUCUUCUCUUUCUUCUUCUCUCGUCCUCAUUCUUUUUCUCCUCCUCCGCUCUCUUCUCUAUAUUAUUGUUCUUUUCCUCCUCCUCCAUCUUCCUUUUUUCUUCUUCUCCUUCUUCUUCCCUUCAUUCUUUUUGUCCUCCUCCUUUCUCUUUUCUACAUAAUUGUUCGUUUGCUCCCCCUCCCUCUUCGUUUUUUCUUCUCCUCAUUUUUUUCUUCUCUUUCUCCUCCUCAUUUUCCUUCUCCUCCUUAUCACCCUCCUCUUUGUUCCGAUCAUCGUUUUUGGGGAUUUUUUUCUCUUUAUUAUGAUGAUUGA